CGCCCGCAGCGGUGGAGGUAGUAAGUCUCUGGAACAAAUUGUCCGUCAUCACGUCAUCGUUACUGAAGCUACGCGCAGUCUUCUUCAGUACCCCCAACUUCAGACGAUAAGACUAGCAAUGGCCACAAGGAUGAAGUAGUCGAGGCAGGAGAGAAUGGCGCCGCAGAAGAGACGGAGGCAGCAGAAUCGAAGUCGGCUGAAGCCGGUGCAACCACAUCCGAGGAGGUUGCGGCGUCAGACGCUACACCAGCCAGUAAAGACAAGAAGCGAAAGUCGGUCGGAGGCGUGCCCGAACAUAAGUCGAAGAAGCUCAACAAAAAGAAGUCAAUGCCGACUCUACAUUUGAAUUGUGAGCCUGGCCAGUUUUUCUGGGCGAGACUCAAAGGUUACCCACCAUGGCCGUCCGUGAUCUGUGAUGAGACGAUGCUUCCAGAAUCGCUUUUGGCAACUCGUCCCGUCAGCACUGCGCGACCAGAUGGUACGAUUCGUCCAGAUUACGAAGAAGGCGGAAAAAAUGCCAAAGAGCGCACUUUCCCGAUCAUGUUCCUUUCCACGAACGAGUUCCAAUGGAUGGUGAAUACGAGCUUGACCCCCCUGGAUCCGGAGGAAUGCAAAACGACCACGUCGAAGAUGAGCAAGGCCUUGCAGAAUGCCUACGAAGUCGCCUCUGAGAACCACGAACUUCAGUAUUUCAAGGAUAUCCUGAUGCAAUGGCAGGAGGAAAACGAGGCGAUUGCUAAAGCCAACGCGGAGGCCGAAGCAGAGGCCGAAGCGGCUGCCAAAUCCGCGGCAGCUCAAGAAGCGACGAAGGAGAAAACCAAAAAGAAGCCUGCUCGAAAGAGCAAAGCUGCUGAUGAGGACGAGGACGACGCUGCGGAGGCGAAAGCGCCCAAAUCGAGUAAGAAGCGAAAGAACGAGGCUGGAAGCGAGGCGGACACUCCUAAACCCAAGAAGACACCGAAGGUAACGAAGAUCAACGCGCCUAAGACUCCAGUCGGCGAGGAGUCGACCAAGAAGCCAAAGUCGAAGAAGAAGGUCGUCAGCGCACCCAAGGCAGAGGAAGAGGAAGAGCCGCAGUCGGAGAUGACCGAAGCCGAGAGACUUCAAGUACGGCAGAAGACUAUCCUGUACUUGCGACACAGGUUACAGAAGGGGUUCCUGACCCGGGACAAGGCGCCUGAAGAAUCCGAAAUGGCAGAAAUGAACAAGCAUCUGUCAACACUGGAAGGCCAUCAAGACCUGGAGGUCAAUAUCAUCAAAGAAACCAAGAUUCACAAGGUGCUCAAGGGCAUCGUGAAGCUGGCUUCUAUUCCUCGUGACGACGAAUUCAGUUUUAAGAAGCGCAGCUCUGCCCUCCUUGAGAUCUGGAACCAGCGAAUCGAUGCCGCGGUUGAUGGAGCUUCGAAGCCUAUUGAUACUGUUGAUGGCGAGAAGGGCGCAGAGACCAAUGGAGCUGUGGACCAUGCAGAGCAGAAGUCCAACGGCGAGACAAAUGGAGCAGAAAAGGAAUCGGAAGAACAGACCAAGGAUGGCGCAGAAGAGUCAGCGGAACCCAACGACGAUGACGAGAAGCCUGCAGCGGAAGCUGACGGCGACGUCGUGAUGGAGGAGUAAUCACGUGGUUUCAAGCAACGUGCUCAGAAUUUCACGACGUUGGGUGUGAAUGACGAGAGCAUUCGUCUAAAUAUGCGUGGAGGGCGUUUCGGCGAAUGCAACAGAAUGACGUUGGAGAAAUGUAGUGCUGAGGUUAUUUCAUCCCUCAUUUAGCAUCUCUGGUUUUGGUUUCUCAAACAUGUCUGCGCCACAUCAGCGCUGAGCAAGACUCAGUGAUGAAUGGUAGUUAC